GCAGUUCUCUUUUGGCACUUCACAUAACAAUAUCUAAAUCUUAAGAUGAUAGUUCUUGAAGUUUUAAUUUUUACCAUCGUAUUUUUGGUCAUCAAAUAUUUUUGGAACAACAGACGAUUUUAUUAUCUUGCAUCUAAAAUCCCAACAAGUGUAUUUGACUAUUCCAUCCGUGGAAUCUACAACAUUUUCACAGCAGACUCAAAAAUGAUGUUUAAGCUUAUCAAUCAAAGUUUUAAUAAUAAAAGUGACAUCGCCAAGACUUGGUUUUUUCAUGUCUUGUUUAUAGUUCCAAAUAAUCCAGAUGAUGUGAAAACCAUCUUUAAUGCUAAGCAAUGCUAUGAUAAACCAAAUUUUGUUAAGUUUUCUUCUAAAUUGGAGAAAGGAUCAGUUUUUGGAGAUCUAGAUUAUUGGCAGUCACAUCGAAAAAUUAUGAGUCCAUUCUUUGGACAUCAAGGAUUAAAAACUUUGAUUCCACUUUUUAAUGAAAAGUCAAGAAUUUUAGUCAAAAAACUUGAAAAUAUGGUUGACAAGGAAGCAUUUAAUAUUUUUCAUAACUUGACUGCUUUGACUUUGGAGACAAUCUUGAAUGUUAUGGAAUAUGAUGUGGAUAUACAGAAUCGAGAGCCUAAAAGUCGAGAUGUUUUCAUCAAAUAUUUAGACGAAUACACAAAAAUUGCAUUCAUGAGGAUGUUCAAAUUUUGGCUUCAUCCAAACAUCAUCUUCAAAAUCUCUAGUCUCUACAAAAAACAAUGUCAUUCAAUGUCUAAAUGCGGGAUGGUCUUCACGAAUGACAUAAUUAAGAACAUCCGUACAAACACUAAAACAAAUGAAGACGAGAAACCAAAAAGUUUUAUGCGAGCUUUGCUGAAUCCAAAAUAUAAUUUGACAGACGAUGAAAUUAAGGAUGAAGUGCGUUCGGUUAUUUUGGGUGGUCAAGAUACAUCAGCAAUUGCAUCAUCUAUGACACUUCUAAUGCUCGCGAACAACAAGGAUGUACAGCAAAAAGUUGUAGACGAACUGCAUCAGAUCUUUGGGAAAACGCAAGAAACACCUAACAUUGAACUUGAAAAUUUAAAUGAACUUGUUUACCUUGAAAUGGUUAUUAAUGAAGUCAUGAGACUUUAUCCUGUAGUUCCAUUUGUCGUUAGACAUGUUGAUGAAGAAUUAAUUCUUGGUGAAAAUUAUAGAAUUCCAGCAAAAGCAGCAGUUAUAGUUCCAAUCAUCAGAAUUCACAAAAAUAAGAAAUAUUGGGGCGAUGAUGCAGAAGAAUUCAAUCCAGAAAGGUUCAGCAAGGAAAAUUUCUCUAAAAUUCAUCCUUAUGCUUUUCUACCUUUUGCAAAAGGUUCACGGAUGUGCAUUGGUUAUCGAUAUGCAAUGAUGUUGAUGAAAAUUCAGCUUUCUUUGUUUCUGAUGCGUUAUGAAGUUGAUACGGAUUUAAAGCUUGAUGAAUUGGAGUUUACUGUUCAAGUGAUGAUGACUGUGUGUCAAGGAUAUAUGAUUAAGAUUAGGGAUAGAAAAUGUUGAGGAUUUGCUUGUAAGUGAAGUUUAUUUCACCUGAUAUAAGUCUAGUUUGGGAUUGUUCAUAAGCUAUGUUCAUGAUUAAGGCGCGUAGCCAGGAGGGUCUUAUCUCCACCUUAAGCCGUGCAGCUCGUUGCAGUUCAAAACGCUUAAGAUUGGGACAAGACCCUCAUGGCUCCACGCCUGUCAUGAUUUCAUUGGAAUUAAGGAUCUAUGUUUUAUCUCUUAAAAAAAUGCGCUUAAUAUUCUUUGAUGAGGACAUUUAAAACUUUUAUUUUUCAUUGUGUCAAAGUUUAUGUAUUUAUGCAGAUGCCUGCCCAACUAAUAAAUUGACAAUCUCUUGACCUACUCAAUAAAAUAAUGGCAAUGAAAAUGCCUGAGAAAAUUUCCAAUGUGAUAUAAAUUUUCCAAAUUUUAUGUGGAUGCAUGUCAAAUUGUGUGUACACAAAAAAGGGAGCUAAGAAAUAUUUUAAAAUAUUGUCAGCAAUAAAAUAAAGAUUACUUCCUCAUUCUUCUCAUAUAAAUAUUUUUCCUUGAGAUAGGAAUAAGGAGGAGGAACGAAAAGACAUUUGAGCUGGUUU